AUGGAUAGUGAAAUAUCGCAUCUUCCGUAUAAUGAUACUGAUUCUCAUGGUAAAACUAAUAUAAACAUAAAGCAUAGUUUAGACCAUGGUAGACUAGAUAUAAUAAGGGACAGUAUUAGAGAUGCUGUGCAUAACUUCAAGCACGCUUUUAAUAACUCUGAUAAUGAGAGAAAAAUUGAUGUUUAUAUCUUGAACAGCUUUGAUGAUUAUCAGGAAUACUUAAAAAGUAUGGGAAAAACUAUGGAUAAGGGUGUUGUUAGUUAUACAGCGAUGAAUAACUUCGAUUCUGAUAAGCAUGCUGUAGGUGGUAAUGGUGCUGAUGUAUAUGUCUAUCUUGAUCAGGAAGGAAAUGUGAAUCAAAGCACACUAGAGCAUGAAAUUGGGCAUGCAAUGCAGUUAACAAAUCUUGGUUUGAGCUAUAUUUUACCUACAGCAGUACGUGAAGGUAUGGCACUCUAUGUUGCUGGGUUAGAAAAUGGCAAUCAUAUAAAUGACCGUGAAGAUAUUAAUGCUCUUUCCGAAAUAAAAAGCAAAAAUCUGAAGAUAGAUGAGAUAAUACGUGACGGCUAUUAUAGUAAAAAUUGUUAUUCAGAAAUAGAGCAG